AUGCCUAAAGCAGAAGUCGGAUCAACCAAGUACAUCGCCAACCAGAUGAAGUCGAAAGGACUUCAACGGUUGCGAUGGUACUGCCAGGCUUGUUCCCGACAAAUGCGUGAUGAGAACGGCUUCAAGUGUCACGUUGCCUCCGAAUCCCACGUUCGUCAGAUGCAGGUAAUUGGCGAGGACCCGCGAAGGGCGAUAAACGAUUUCUCCAACCAGUUCAUGAAAGAUUUCAUUCAACUGCUGCGGACCGGCCAUGGAGAGAAGAAGGUUAAUGUGAACCACUUUUACCAAGAAUACAUCUCGAACAAGCAACAUAUACACAUGAAUGCGACCAAGUGGUCCAGUUUGACGGAAUUCGCCAAAUAUCUGGGUCGAGAGGGCAUUUGCCGCGUGGACGAGGAUGAGAAGAACGAGGGUCGGUCAGGCGCAAGCGGACUGAUGAUCUCAUGGAUCGACAACAGCCCUGAAGCCCUACGACGGCAAGAACAUUUGAGGAAACGAGAACGCCAGGACCGUGGAGAUGAGGAAUUGGAGCAAAGAAUGAUUCGCGAGCAAAUACGGCGUGCGAAGCGGGAUGGCAUGGAUGCGGGUGUUGAGGAUGAAGAAGACCUAAAUGAUGACUUGCCAGGAUCCGGUGAAGGAAUCAGACGGAAGGACGGCGAGAAGAUACGACUAAAUUUUGGGGCGAAAAAGCAAUCUGCUGAUGAUGGUGCGGCCGUUGAAAAACCUCCUAGUCCACCACUCACUGAAGGUGAUGACUCCUCGUCGGACAAGGAGAAAUCCACCGGACCUGGCACAUCCACUACGACGACAUUUACGACGACAGCAGAACCUGCCGUCCAGAAAACACAACAACCAUCCACGAAACCCACUCUGUCGUUCGGCCUAUCACCUACGACAAGUAAACCGAAGAAUGUAUUCGCCGCCACAACCAAGAAGAACGCCUUAUCAGGCAACAAAAAAGCACCGUCAAUCCCUACACAGCGGCCCAUGAGCGAAGCGGAAAGGAUCAUGAAAGAAGAACUCGAGCGAAAACGACAACGAGAAGCUGGGAAAUUCCAGGGCGGAAAUGCUUUCAAAAAGCAACGAGUAUCAUGA